CAAAAUAUGCAUUCUUUUUUUUAGAAAACCUGGUGAAAAUGAAGCUUCUCUUAGUUUCGCCCUUAUUAUUCUGGUGUUUUCUCGACCAUGGUGCAUCUUGUGUUGAUAUUGACGGAGUGUCAGUGAUGGAGGGAGAUUCAGUCACUCUACACACCGAUGUUAAGACAAAGCAACAAGAGAGAAUCAGAUGGUAUUUUAAUGACAUUCGCAUCGCUCUAAUCAGUGGAGAUCUCAGUAAGAUCUGUACAGAUGUUCAGUGUAAUAAAGGUACUGAGAGAUUCAGAGACAGACUGCAGCUGGAUCAUCAGACUGGAUCUCUGACCAUCAUGAACAUCAACACCACACACUCUGGAGUUUAUAAACUACUGAUAAGCAGCAGCAACAUCGACAGUGAAAAGAGCUUUAGUGUUACUGUUCAUGAUGUUCCUGCUGCUGAACAAGAUAAAAUGAAGAGAAAGUCAGUGAAGGAGGGAGAAUCUGUCACUUUAGAUCCUGCUGUAGUAAAAAACCCAAAUGAUUUAAAGGUGUGGUAUUUUACUGAUAUCCUCAUCGCUGAAAUCACUGGAGAUCAGAGUAAGAUCUGUACAGAUGAUCAGUGUGAUGAGAGAUUCAGAGACAGACUGAAGCUGAAUAAAACUGGAUCUCUGACCAUCACAAACAUCAGAACCACAGACUCUGGACUCUAUAAACUACAGAUCAACAGCAGCAGAUUCAGCAUCAUAAAGACAUACAGUGUUAGUGUCACUGCUGUUCCAGAUUCAACUGCUGCUGCUGUUGCUGCUGCUGUUGUUGUUGCUGUUCUGCUGGUUGCAGCUGCUGGUGUGAUUUACUGUCACAGCAGGAGAUCUAUACAAGCAAGAAAAAAUGGAAAAAGGACGCAGCACAAUGAUCCUGACCUGGAGAAUGUUGAAGAAGUAUUAUCCCUUAUUAAAGGGACAUCCGCUGAUCCGUCUGUGAGCACGCAGGGCAAUGACGCUAAAGAGACAUCCGAUGAUCUGGUUGUGAGCACGCAGUGGGAUGACGCUAAAGAGACAUGCGAUGAUCCGGCCGGAACCACGCAGGGGGAUGACGGUAAAGAGACAUCCCAUGAUCCGUCUGGAAACAUGCAGGGGGAUGACGGUAAAGUGACAUCCCAUGAUCCGUCUGGAAACACGCAGGGGGAUGGCGGUAAAGAGACAUCCCAUGAUCCGGCUGCGAACACGCAGGGGGAUGGCGGUAAAGAGACAUCCCAUGAUCCGUCCGGGAACACGCAGGGGGAUGAUGGUAAAGAGACAUUCCAUGGUCCGGCUGGGAACACGCAGGGGGAUGGCAGUAAAGAGACAUCCCAUGAUCCGUCCGAUAACACGCAGGGGGAUGACGGUAAAGAGACAUCCCAUGAUCCGUCCGGGAACACGCAGGGGGAUGAUGGUAAAGAGACAUUCCAUGGUCCGGCUGGGAACACGCAGGGGGAUGGCAGUAAAGAGACAUCCCAUGAUCCGUCCGAUAACACGCAGGGGGAUGACGGUAAAGAGACAUCCCAUGAUCCGUCCGGGAACACGCAGGGGGAAUUACAUUAUUUGCAGUAA